AAAGAACCUAAUACCAUGUUUAUUUUCAGGAACUGCCAACGUUGGUUCUACUAAAAGAAGCUGAAGAAGUGACUAGUGACUACACUUGCACUAAGCAAAAUAACAUGGGUUGGCUCUCAUUUUUACAAGCCUCAGCUUACAUUAUUCUUGUCAUUUCUUUAAUUUUAUCCUCUCUUUCAAAUCCAGUUUUAGCUCAGUGUAAAAAUCCACCAGUUAUUUUCAAUUUUGGUGAUUCUAACUCGGAUACGGGUGGACUCGUUGCCGGACUCGGGUACCCCAUUAACCUCCCAAAUGGUCGAACUUUCUUCCUCCGAUCAACUGGCCGUCUCUCUGAUGGCCGCCUCAUUCUCGAUUUUCUCUGUCAAAGUGUUAAUACAAGGUUCCUGAGCCCAUACCUAGACUCUGUCGGAUCUAGUUUCUUGAAUGGAGCAAAUUUUGCUAUAGCAGGAUCUCGGUUACUACCUAAGUAUGAACCAUUCGCAUUGUAUAUUCAAGUCCUGCAGUUCCUUCAUUUCAAGGGUCGCUCAAUUGAACUUGUCAGUGCUGGUUCUGCAAAUCUAAUUGGUGAUGAAGGAUUCCGCAGUGCUCUUUUUAUGAUAGAUAUUGGACAAAACGACCUUGCCGAUUCAUUUGCUAAGAACCUGUCUUACGCGGAAGUAGUCAAGAUGAUCCCCUCCUUUGUUACAGAGAUCAAGGAUGCAAUUCAGGUCAUAUAUUCUCAAGGAGGGAGGAAAUUUUGGAUCCAUAACACCGGACCACUAGGAUGCCUGCCUCAAAAACUUACUCUGGUUCAGAAAGUUUCCUCUGAUCUCGAUCCACAUGGCUGUCUGGCAAAUUACAACUCUGCUGCCAAACUGUUUAAUGAAGGGUUGCGACAUUUGUUGCAAGAGUUGAGAUCUGAAAUGAAGGAUGCUACUAUUGUGUAUGUAGACAUAUAUGCUAUCAAAUAUGAUCUUAUAGCCAACUCCAGCAGCUACGGCUUCUCAAAUCCGUUAAUGGCAUGCUGUGGCUAUGGAGGUCCUCCAUACAACUACCGUAAAGGAGUGACGUGCGGUCAGCAUGCUUAUCAGGUUUGCAGUGAAGGGUCUGAGUUCAUAAGUUGGGAUGGAGUUCAUUAUACUGAGGCAGCUAACAGAGUCAUAGCCUCUAAGAUACUUUCAAUGGACUAUUCCACUCCACGAAUUGGCUUCGAUUUCUUUUGCCAUUGAUGGUCACUUGCUAGAAUAAAUGCAAGCAUGUAUUAAAGUCAGGAUUCCCCAAAAAUGAUAUAUCGCUGGUUAUUAGAAAGAGGCCAAGGUGAAGUCUUUGCUCUUAGUUUUAAAGUCAGGAUUCCCCAACACUGUUUGUUUCAGUUCACUUUUCCUUGUUAUUUUAGGCAUGUAUUAAUUUAUGUUAUAGGUGAGUCUUCUUAUGAUAUUAAAGCCUUUUUAAGUCUUUGUUUAUUUUUUGCUUUUGCAAGUAAUUCACAUCA